UCGGAACCGUAGUUUGAAUAUUCCCUUCCGAUUGAAAACAUCAUGUACUUCACAUAUUUUCUUUUUGUUUGGAUUUUAUGGAUUUUUCCAAUCAAAUCACAAAUCCAUCUAAAGCAUAUCAACUUCUACGAACCAAUUCCAGAAAAUGGACUCUUACCUCCUUCGGUUAUGAAACCAUAUAAGCCUCUUUUCCUUUCUCAUCAGGAUUCCCAACGUCAUAGUCCCUGGGUGAACAAUUCACGAACUCAAAUUCAGAAAAAAACUCCUCAAAAACAACAAUUUGUUCUUUAUUAUCCACCUCCGAAACCAGCGCAUAAUCCAUACGCCAAGCGAUUGGUCAAUAUUAAAAUAAAACAUUCUGCGAUAAAAAACAAAAAUAAUAACUAUACCAAGAAUAAAAAUUACAAUAAAAUUAUUCCUGAGGAACCUGAAGUUCUUCAAUAUCAGCAGAAAUUGCCGUUGGACAAUUUGGAAACUGGAAAGGAGAGAGCAAAAGUUCAAAAUGGACAAAUUGGAAAAGGUGGAAAAAAUGGGUUCAAUAAUCAAAUUCGAAAUCGAGAGCUAAAAAAAAAUAUUUAUGGAAAUGCGGAUUCCUAUCCACCUGUGCCAAAUAGUUUUAUGGAACCUCCAGGAUUUGCGAGUAGUGAUUAUCGACUUUAUCAAAAAGCUGAAGGAAAUCCUGUUGGAUGGAAUGAAAAACAACAUUAUAAGAAUCAUAAAAUGGAAGGAGAGGAUGAUAUGGUUAAGAAUUUUGAUGAUAGAGCUCCUUAUGUUAGGGAUCAUGCCCCGGAAAAUGAAAGUGAGGAAUUGGAGGACUCCUCAGAGCUAGACGGGAGUCAAGAAGAAAAUCAGCCCCCGCCAAAAAAAUCCAAUCCUUCAGAAAUUUCUCCAGACGGAGAUCGGGUUCAAUUUCAAAUUCAUGGUCAUGCUGGUCCCAUGACUUACGUUUUUGGAUUCGACACUGGCGAUGGAGAAAAUAGACAGUACCGUCUGGAGGAACGGCUGAAGAACGGCACAGUAAAGGGUCAAUAUGGUUAUUACGAUGCAAGGGGCAAAUUAAGAGCAAUUCAAUAUACUGCAGGGCCUUUGGAAGGUUACGAAGAAAAACAUCACGAAUCGAUUUUACCUUCAUCCAUUUCUUCGAGCUAGUUAGGGAAUCGUACUUAAAUUACAUAACAUGUAUGUAAUUUUUGCAAAAUUUUCCCUUUAGAGAUUAUCUUUUAGUUAUGAGUUUUAUUAUUUAU